GUCAAAAUGACAAAAAACUUAAUUUUCGUCCAUGAAUUCGUGAAAUAAUUCGAUCGAAACAUGUCAUCGAAAAGCUCCAGUUCCAAAGGAGGCAAAUCCUUUUUGUCCCUCAAAAAAUCGGUAGUUCUUUCGCCGAAAAAUGUAAUUCGUUUAGAUAUAAAACACAAAAAAGCCUUGGAAAAAUUGAUCGAUCCCAAGCUAACGACUGCUAUGUUCGGUGAAUUCGACUUGGAGGAAGUCUUAACCAAAUGCUACCUGGCGCUGGGCAUCCAAGACGACGACAACAAAAUCGUGGGAGCCAUCGUACUGAACCUGCACCCCAACGUCCCAGCGCUGCCUCCCUGGGAGUGGGACCACUGGAUCUACAACAUGUACGGUCUGAAGGAGACCCACAGCCGGAACACCCUGUGGAUACAGCUGCUGGUGUGGGACCACGUCUACUACUUCCUCUUUCUAAGGCCUCUCGUGCAGGGACUGUUCGUGAUCAGGAAUUUUUUGGAGUAUUGUAUUCUGGUGGUGCCACCCGGUAAGCAGAGGACUGAUUUCCUGUGUGGUUUGGGCACAGCCGUCAUGCCGAAAGAUUGUCCGAAGCACAAUUCCUGCCAAUACCUCUACAUAUUUCGGCGAUCGAACUUCACGAUAUCUUACAAGAUCCGAAGGGCCGUCGAGGAGGACAACGACGACCUGGUGCCUCUGAUCGAGACCCACUCGACCAGGUUGCAGGAGUGCUACGGCAGCUACUACGUGGCCGAAAUCCUCACCAGGCAGAGUGAUGUUGACCGGCAGCUUAUCGUGGCCGAGUAUCAAGGGACGGCCGUGGCGGUUCUUUGUUUACAUGGCACAGUCAACUAUAAGGUCCUUAAUGAAGAAUUCGAACUAUCGCCCUAUAACGGUUUGAAGAAACCUCAUCCAGACGAUUUCGAAGACUUGUCUGCUGACGACAUACGCCAAAGUUUGGAACAGCUCCAAUCAAGAGUAGAAGAUGAAAUAAUAGACAUCAUAGACCAAAGAUCCUCGCAACUGUCGAGAAAGAGCUCGGAAGAAGAAAUUUUCCUGCACGUGUCCAGGAGCGAUUCAGAUCAGUAUUCUUUGGUCUUCACGUCCGGCUCCCUGUUUUUCUUUCAAGACGAUGAGGACAAAGAUCAGGAGAUAAUUGGCAGCGAGGAAUCCGAAGACAGCAACGGUCUGCUCAGCCAGUAUCUCGAAAUACACGAAAAAGACCAGAAAUUUCUCGAGAUGGACUGGGUUUCCGGUUAUUCUGCGUCCAAAGGAAAGAUCCAGCGGAUCCCCGAAUUUCAUGGUGAACCGAACGCUUUCGCUUUGGAAAUAGCUGCUUCGUUGCCAGAACAUGAAUACGGCCUCAUAAAGCUGUUCGAGGCGUGUUUCGAAUGUUUCCCUGACAGGGACUACUGUGUGUUGUCAGUUCCUUCGACAACGCCCAUCAACAAGCUAACCAAGUACUUUUGCCGGGUGGUACCGCGGUCGUCAGGAUGUUUUCCCUACGAGCUCUACGUCAUGCAUAAGAAUACCGUCCUGGCUGAUAUGACUGUUAAGGUGGCGGGAGUAGAACACGAGAAACAAGUGAAGGCCCUGAUUUCGACCAUACCCAAUUACCCGAUGGUACUGCAACAAUUCGAGAGCAGCUUAUACCUUCCGAAUAGUUCCUACUACGCCUUCGUGAUGCUGUGCCAGGAUCAAGCGGUUGGAGUUGCAAUUGUAGCGGAAGAAUUCGACCUACCCUACCUCAACGCCCACUACGAUCUGUUCAUGUUAGACAGUCGCGUGCACAAAGUGGGUUCCCACGGCGUCAUCGAAUCCAUCCUGAUGUCGCAGAUCUUCCAGCGACACGCCAAAUAUUUUCUGAGAGAGCUGCACAGGCUGAGCGAUUUCUCGGUGCUAUACUACAGGCAUACGCCCUACGAUACCACUGAGGCUUACAGGGAGCGACCCUUGCUGAACGUUUUGCAAAAUUUGUUGCCGAUUUUGCCGAGGAAGCAGCCCAAUUACGACAUGAAGGUCCUCAAAAGCGAAGAAUGUGCUCCCGCAGAUAUAGUAAUAGAAAAUCAAGAGCCUUUCGCCCUCUAUCUAUCGACAGUGAAACUGUGCAGCGUCAACAGACAAUGCAUAAACACGAGGAUUGUUGUAGUUGGUUGCAGCAAUACAUCGCUUGCAUUCCUGGAGAUGUUAUUAUUCAAUCAAAGUGUUGAUUACAUGAUAACCUUCAACAACGUGACCCUGAUAUCGCCGAACAGCAUGUCGUACGCGAAAGUGGCCAGUAAGGUACGCGAUUCCUUCAUGGUGAAGAAGAACUUCAUGGACGCGAGGUACAUGGACAUGAUCAGCUUCAAGACGUACGUCAACUUCGUCCAAGGCAAAGUCACCAAUCUGGAUCGCAAAGAGCAGCUGGUGGUCAUCAACAACAACAGCUACGCCAACUACGACUUGCUGAUGUUGAUGAACGGCGAACAGUUCCAGAUGCCGGUGCGAUCCAACAGAGUGCCCUUUCAGGAGAAACCGGACAACGUGUUCAUCAUCAACCAUAUCGUCGACGCUAAUAACGCUGUCGUCAAGCUCAAGCAUCUGCACAACAAGUUCAAAGAUCCUGAUUACGUCAUUAUAAUCUACGGCCACUUCCUCCAAGCUCACGCUACGAUGCACGGCCUACUAUCCUUCGGUGUCCCGGGUAAUCACAUGGUCUACAUCGAGCCGUUCCCAUACAGCAUGACGAUAGAAAAGCGUCAUCGACACAACGUUUCGAUCUACAACGACCCCGACAUCGAUCAGACCAUCUACGAUCAUAUCAAAGACGAGGGCAUAACGAUCUACUCGUCGUACUACUUCAUCGAUUGGACAUACGAUCCGAGUGACAACAUUAUUACUAUGGCCAAGUUCGAAUCGAGGCACAAGAUGCUCGAGAUGGAGUGUCUGGCUAUGUUUUUCUUCAACGAGAAGGAAGUUAGUCCGAGGGUUUAUCGAGUUAUCAAUAAUGCGGGAUUGGUUUACGAUGGUAGACUGGUGGUAGACAACAAAAAUCGGACAAACGAUCCAAAAAUAUACGGUGCUGGGACAGUGACCAAAUAUUCGAGGAAAUAUUACGCUCCCAAUAUGACGGCGAAGUAUUUCAAUAGGGUGGAAAUCGGGCACCGUCUUGGGAUGCAGAUUAAAAGUAUGCUCGUUCCUCAAAAGGUACGAGACUUGAACUUGAAAGAGAAUGGCUGGAAUUUUCACAUCGAAAGAGGAAAAUACUUGGUGCCCAGAUACGUCAAGCCUAUCAUGCGGUAUUGCAGAUUGCCGGGCAGCCUUUAUUACCUUUCAGUGACGAAACCGGGCAGAAGGAUUCCCUUAGAAACUGCCAUAGCGAUGGAGAACUAUGGCCAAGUUCUGAUAACAGGGGGAUGUAGGAAUUUGAACAAACAAGGAUUUUUCCAGCUGCAUCUGAACGAAUUUGAACGGGUAGAAACCAUAACUUGUUUGACGAAAUUCCCCAUUGACAUUUACAAUAUCUACUGCUUAUGGGGUAAACACGAAAAAAUGUUGAACAAUAUAGCCCUGAGGUUUGAAAUGGUACUGAUAACGGACCUUUUCGACUAUUUCAAAGAACCUUGGGCUUAUGCUCUCUAUCAUGAUAAAUUUGACUACUUAUUGGACGAUUUGAAUAUGUUGAUGACGUCUUCUGUUGGUGUUAGUGGCCACUCUAUAAUAAAUGAUCUGAUAACCCUCUACAAACAACAUAAAUGGAAUCCGCUAUCUACGGAAGCCAAUGUAAUGAUCGAAGAAAAGUUCAGAGCUCUAGCGUAUCCGAAAAUAAUCGAGCAAAAGCUUUUGGAUUUCAUCAAAGAAAAUCUAGAUUACCUGACGAUGUACGCACACCCUGUAGUUAUCAGAGCGCUGUUGAGGAACUAUGAAAACAGUCCGUUGUUUUCCUAGUCGAUCAGGUGUACUAUUGUUGUGUAAUUUUUUAUCAAUGCAUGGUAAUAUAUGUAUA